AUGCUUAAGCAGUGCCCUCUGCUGUCCAAGCAAUACUACUGCAUGCCUCUGAGGCCUGGUUGCUAUGGAGCCUGUUUACUUUUUAAAACUUGUCCAGGGAUCAUCAUUUCACUUCAAGAUAUUGAAGGAGAAGCUUGCCCACUACGACUGCUAUCAAGCCUCACAAGCGACCACCUAGAAAUUUACCACGACGAUUGCAUUUCAGCUCUUGGACAGUUUCAUCGCAGAAAAGAUGCCUGGUGUGCUGUCUCACCCAGCGGGAGAGCCCAGCAGGAGCCUGGACAGACCCCAGGCCAGCAGGAUCUUCAUUCGCCGCCUGGAUCACAAUGUAUCGUUCGGCUGACCGUACGUUUGGUUCCGCCUCGGUCUGUGCUUUACGUGGAGCGAUCAACUGCUGGGAGAAGGAAGAGACCGAGGGAGAGCAGCUCUGGAGGCUCGGACGAACCUCCUGCGAGAAGACUCCGUGAGGGUGCUGCUGUCCUGCCUGUCCAGAGCUUCAGCCCUCAGCCCUCCACCUCUGCCUCUCAGCUCUCCACCUCUUCAGGCUAUUCUGAUUCAGAUUUGUCUGAUUCUGAUUCCUCCUCUCUUCCUCUCUUCCUCUCAGAUUUUUCUGAUUCUGAUUCCUCCUCUCCUCCUCUCUUCCUCUCAGAUUCAUCUGAUUCUGAUUCUUCCUCUCAGCCCUCCUCCUCUGUCUCUCAGCCCUCCUCCUCUGUGUCUCAGCCCUCCAUCCCUAAUAGAUUUUCUAUGUUCAGUUUUCUCUACGGCCUCUCCGGGCGCCAUGCGGCUGAUUUCUCACCCUCUGUUCUCAUGUCAGUUGCAGAGAUGUUUCUGGAACGGGUGGUGGACAGUCCAUACAGCCGUGAGAUGUGACCCUCCCGCCGGAAACAAGGCCAGGCACACAGUUCACCAGUCUUUAAUCUUUCAUUAGUUUACAGAUAAGUUUGAACUCUUCUGAGAGAUUUAUGUCUCUAAUUUUUCUCAAGCCUGAGGCGUUGACCCCCCACUGCUAAGAGGCCGGGUGCAGAGUUCCACAGUUGGAGCAACUGAGCUGCACCAGUACCACACACACACACGUGUACAGACACACAAACACAUACAGAUCCUCCUUUGCAUGCACUUUAGAUACGUUUUCUCUCCUUUUUUAAUUUAUAAUUAAGUUUUCAUUCUUUCAUUGCUUUGAACUUUAAAAAUAAGUUUCCUUUUCUUUUUACAAAAAACAAAAAAAAUCCUCCUUUGCAUGUAUUUUAGAUAAGUGUUCUCUCCUUUUUUUACUUGAUAAAUAAGUUUUCAUUCUUUCAUUGCUUUUAACUUUAAAGAUAAGUUUCCUUUUCUCUUUACAAAAAA